AUUUCUGUCAGUCUCUGUUGAGUUUUCGUCGUGGAUGCAUCGUCUCUCUCGGAGUGUUUAUAACGUGUGACGACGCGGAGUGUGAAAAGUAAAAAAAAGAUGUAGCUUUUGUUGCAUUUUGGCAAAUUAAAUUAUUACUUGCAAAGUAAUCAUAAUCUUAAGCGCAAAUAUCUCUUAAUUGGUUCUAGCGGGUAAACAUAAGAAAUUGAUACUACGCCGUAGAAGUGAGAGCCGUGUGUACGUGCAGGUGAAAUUUUGCCUAAAGCAAAAAUUUUUAUCGGCUGUGCUAGUGCAAAUAAAGAAAGUGAAGGAUUUUUCCAAUAAAAUCCUACCCAGCAGAGGUGAAUAACAGUGCUUCCUGUGCAGUUUCCUAGCAGCCGCAUUAUCUUCGGGAGUUGGUUGAUUCUGUGUGCCUUCGGCAGAAAUCUUGACGGCGGAAAAGAGAAAAAGAAAUCAAAAUGGCGCGUCAUCGUAUGUGUUUUAUCGUUUUGACAAUGAUGCUGGUGUGUCUUCUUUAUGGAUCGGCUGCCCAGGCAGCCGCUGCCGUUCGACACGGAUUUCCACCGGACAUCCUUUUUGUGGACUACGAGAGACAAGGCCCGGAGCGAUCAUUCGUGAUUAACAGAUUUGCGGAUGAGAGUGGAACCGAUGGUUUGAAUGGAUUCAAUCGAAUGAAACGUAGCGCUGACGGAACGGGAGGGUCAUCGGCCACUGGAUCAGCAGCAUCCUCGUUGACAGCGGCGGGGAAGGAUAGCAAAAAUUCCGUUCGUCCAGUAAUCGAGGCGAAGGUAAACAAAUUGAAUGAUUCACAUGCUCAACUGAUUGUGCACUGGCUGGGCGAAGGAACGAGCGUUAUGAUUUGCCUAGCCCGUGAGCCCCCCGCUGACAACGAUGCCAAAGCACCACCCCCACAGCCAUCGAGGAUAUUUGUCUCAAAGGACUACGGUGACACCUUUGACGACCAAACGGCAAUGUUUGCGCUGAACAUCAACAGAACUACGGUUAACUCAACCGUGGAGCAAUUUUUCACCCAUCCAAAGUUCAACACGAUUGUCUUCAGCGACCCAAGAAACAAGGCGAUAUUUACGUCGGAGGAUUACGGCAAAUCGGUUACGGUUCGAAUGCUCAACUUUACGCCCUCAGAUGUGACUUUCUACGAAUCCGAUACCAAAAUGAUGCUCAUUCUUGAUAAGAAAGAUCCGGAACGUAAGCUCUACUACUCGACAGACUUCGGUGCUUCCUUUUCACUUUUGCAAAGUUAUGUGAAGUCUUACAUUUGGUCAUCUGGCGAAGGAGUUCCCAUCCAUCUUUACGUUGAGCGUAAAGAACCUACCAAUACUUCUUCCGUUAUUUUUUAUAACGCAGCCACGCUGCGUAACAACAGCAAUCAGUUCAAUGUUUUAAUCGAAAAGGUGGAGGAUUUUCAUAUUAAGAAAGAUUUUAUGUUCGCGUCGCAGCGGUUGCCAAACAGUACGCAACUGCUCAUUUCCUACAAGCGCGGUAAGUUUGUAAAGGCAGACUUCCAAACCGAAUUGGACAUGAAGGGUUACCACGUGGCCGACGUUGAGGGACGGCGAAUUAUGAUCUCUGUGGUGCACACGGAACGGAUUUCGCAUUUGUACGUGUCGGAGACAAACGCAGAUAUGACGGAGAUCAAGUUCGUCCCCAGCUUGGAGAACAUCUUUACCUAUGUACCGGAGUUGAAUUGGCGGUCGAGCUGGCUAGUGCAAUCAUCUGACGGUGCAUUCACGGAUUUGUACAAGGUGGAAGGAUUGCGUGGUAUCUACAUCGCGUCGAAAAUCAAUCGUAUUCCGUUGAGCGAAACCAUUUCUCCAGAUGCAUUGGUGUCGCUCAUUACGUUCGAUCAUGGUGCAACUUGGCGUUCGAUUACCGCGCCAACCACCGACGAUGACGGAUUGCCAAUCAACAACUGUGCCAAGGAUUGCAGUUUGCAUCUGUCCCAGAAGUUCAGCUCGCUGUACCCGGUGACCAGAUCGGUAAGCAUCAUGAGUUCCAAAUCGGCACCGGGAGUCAUCAUGGCAUCCGGUGUAGUUGGCAAAUCGCUGAAGGGACAUCCUGGUGUGUACAUUUCUCGUGACGGAGGUCUAACGUGGAAGCAGAUUCUGAAGGAUUACCACUUCUUCAACAUGGGAGAUCACGGUGGUAUUUUGGUUGCCGUGAAGUACUUCAAGUCCAAGGGCGAGACGAACGAAAUUCUGUAUUCUACGGACGAGGGUGAAAAAUGGAUGUCAAAGGAGUUCCAUUCGACGAACCUCAAGGUUUACGGAUUGAUGACUGAACCGGACACCAAUACAACCAUUUUCACUCUGUUUGGGUCGGAACAGGAAGAGCACCGGUGGUUGAUUAUUAAGGUUGACCUGAAGAAUGCUUUCACAUCGAAUUGUACCGAAGACGAUUACAAAUUCUGGGCUCCCGGAACGAACGCAACGCUCAUGCCUUGCGUUCUUGGGCUACAAGAGACAUACCAGCGUAGAAAGCCACAUGCCAAUUGCUACAAUGGUGUUGAUUAUGAGCGACCUAUUCGACAGGAAAUCUGCAAAUGCAGUCGCUGGGAUUUCGAUUGUGAUUUUGGCUUUAGCCGAACCGGGGCCACAAAUAGUCCAUGUAUUAGAAACAAAACAGUCACAAACUAUGACCCGUAUGCAAUUCCAACCAGUUGCCGACCGGGUCAGUUUUAUAAACGAACCAAAGGAUACCGUAAGAUCGAGGGAGAUGUUUGCAUAGAGGGACAGUUGUCACAGUAUGUUCCACAAUCGAUUCCAUGUCCGAUGGAGGAAAGCAACGAGUUUUUGGUAAUUGCCCAAAGAGAUAAGAUCUCCCGCAUCAACUUGAAUAACAAAACGAAGGAGGUGUUCCCAGUUACUGGCUUGAAGAACGUGAUUGCGAUAGAGUUUGACAUGAAGCAUAACUGUGUGUUCUGGGCCGAUAUCAUGACUGAUGUCAUUGGUCGCCAGUGUUUGAAUGGAGAUCAGCCGGCGGAGCUGUUGAUAGAUACCGGAUUGUCAUCAGUGGAGGGCAUGUCGUACGAUUGGGUGUCGGAGAUGUUGUAUUUCGUGGAUGGUAUGCGAUUGAAGAUUGAAGCUGUAAAAACCAGUCUACCGUCUCAAGGCAGAAUGAGGAGAACGAUAGUUGAGGCACCCAAUUUGAACAAACCUCGCGGAAUUGUUGUGCAUCCUUUGCAAGGUUAUCUCUUCUGGACAGAUUGGAACGCGCUGAAGCCUUCGGUUUCUCGGGCAAAUUUGGAUGGAAGCGACAUCAAAGUUCUAUUUUCGAAACCCGAAGUCGUCUGGCCCAACGGAGUUACCAUCGACUACAUCGCUGAAAGAUUAUAUUGGGUUGACGCCAGCAAGGAUUACAUUGCCAGCAGUGACAUGGAUGGAAAGAAUUUCAUCAAAAUUCUUCAACAAGAUUCGCGUGUUGCACAUCCAUUUGCUGUGGCUGUGCUGAAAGAUCUCAUGUAUUGGGACGAUUGGAAAAUGAACUCAGUUUAUUCUGCCGAUAAGGAUCACGGAAUUAUGAUCAACAUCAUUGCCGAGGAAAUGAUGAACUCCAUGGACCUGAAGAUCUACGGUCAUUCAGUUCAGGAAGGUUCUAACGCGUGCUCAGUUAAAAACACUUGCUCACACAUCUGUGUCGGUGCUCCGAACUCCGGUUACAGUUGUUUGUGUCCAGAUGGUAUGGAGAAGAACGCGCAAGGGCAGUGCCUUUGUCCCGGUGGAGGAACACCAUUUUCGAACAAUACCUGUGCUCGCUCCGGAAGCACAUGUGGUUCAAAGUUUUUCGAUUGCAAAAAUAACGUAUGCGUUCCUUUGACUUACAAGUGUGACGGAGACGAUGAUUGCGGUGACCGAUCGGAUGAAGAGGGCUGUCCAUCCGAUAAACCUCCGUGUCCGCCGUACAUGUUCACUUGUAAAUCCGACAAGCAGUGCGUGCCCAAAUAUUUUGUUUGUGAUUACGAUCGCGACUGUCUGGAUGGAUCUGAUGAACAAAACUGUAAGCCUGCUUCCUGUAAAUCGGAUGAACAUACCUGCGGCAAUGGGCGGUGCAUUAAUAAGAGCUGGCUUUGCGAUGGGGAAGAUGACUGCCGCGAUGGAACCGAUGAGAGGAAUUGUAACAAGAAUAGCACCACUGUCGUUGAAUGUAAAGCGGACGAAUUCAGGUGUAAUGGGACAAAUACUUGCAUUCCGAAACUCUGGCGAUGUGAUACGGAACAGGACUGCAACGAUGGAUCGGAUGAAAUGAAUUGUAGCAAAAAGGAAUGCGAACCGUGGAUGUUUAUGUGUGCAAGCGAUAUGAGGUGUAUUUAUAAGACAUGGCAGUGUGAUGGUGAGAAGGACUGUAAGGAUGGAAGUGAUGAGAAAAAUUGUAGCCUAUCAACGGAGGUGCCAAAGAAACCCGGAAUCAACUUCCUCCCGGGGGAUUCCUGUCAUGAUUGGAUGUUCAAAUGUGCCAACGAUAAAUGUGUGCCAUAUUGGUGGAAAUGCGACGGAGUCAAUGACUGUGGAGACGAAUCGGAUGAAGUUGGAUGUAAUUCGACUCAACCUGUAACUAGCACUACGGUGAAACCCAUUCCAACCAGAAAGAAGGAACGAAACUGUGGACUGCACGAGUUCCGUUGCGAUAACGGAGUGUGCAUUUCUAAGAGAUUUGUUUGCGAUGGAUAUGAAGAUUGUGGCAAGGGAGAAGAUGAGGAUAACUGUCCAACGCAGAAGCAAUGCAGCAAUAAGCAUUUCAGGUGUCGUAGCGAUGGCAUGUGCUUACCAAUGGAAAAGUAUUGCAAUAAUGUGGUGGAUUGCGCAGAUAAAAGUGACGAGGAUUGCAAGUUUAAACCAAGCACCUCUACAAUCGCCGGAAACAAUUGUACCAACAAUCCCGGUGUUUUCGCUUGUGACAACACUUGCUUCGCUCUAAUGGUUCUCUGUGAUGGAAAACCUGAUUGUUACGAUGGAACGGAUGAGGAACACUGCGAAAAGAUGAAAAUCAAACAUCAUCAGGUUACACAAAUCGGAGUUGAUGAGCGUUCGCUUAAUUCGACAAGCUUCCUAAUUUUCUGGUGGAUUCCGUUGCCGCGGGGCGUUACUCUGGAAUACUUGCCAUCAAUUUACUACAACGGAGAGUGGAAAAAUGUCAGCAAUUGGAUCAACGAAACGGAUUACCGAUUUACAAAUUUGAAACCAUACACUCUGUACAAUGUGACGACAUACGUGAGAGUGAAAAAUCAAACCAAAAUCACUCCCCCGUUCGUUUAUUAUGAAAUCGCUACUAGUGAAGGAAUUCCCAGUGCACCAAUAAACGUGUCGGUUGUACAGGUUAAUGGUUCGCGGAUUCAAGUAAGCUGGCAGCCACCCAAAGAAGUAAACGGUCAGCUUCAGGGUUACACCAUUAACUAUCGUUCUCAGUCGAAGAAUGUAGGUCCAGCGCAAAACGUAAAGGUUGGAGCAACGGAAACAACCUACCCCAUCGAAAGUGAGUUCAAACCAGACGUAGUUUACGAGUUCUGGGUUAAGGCACGUAAUGGCAAGCACGAGUCCGUAUCAUCGAACAUGGUGCAGCUCAAGUUUGAUGGUACCUCCAAUAUUGCGAAGAUUGACAAAAUUCAAGAGGUGAACAAGACCAAGAAGUCUGUCACGUUGGAAUGGAAGCCAGUUGAUGGUGCUGAUGGCUACAUGAUUCAGCCUAUUCUACCUCAAUCGUAUCCACUGCUGAACACGAUUUGGGUUAAGAACUCUACGGUAACGCUGGAUAACAUGGUACCUGGUACACAGUAUCUUAUAAAGGUAGCUGCGUAUGUAAAACAAUACGUUGGACGGCAUGAAACAACGGUCAUUCAGUUUGGUGGAGAACCACUGCCUGCUAUUAACAUCCGACUGAAGGAACAGACGCAAGAAUAUUCUCUGUUGGAAUGGGAUGAACCGCAAGGAGGUUUUGGCAAGUUGACUUACGGAAUCUACUAUGGCACAAAUAUGGAUCAACUAUUUGAAGCAUCCAGGGUCAACACGACAGCUACCAGUUACAAGCUGACAAAGCUGCGACCGUGCGAAUCAUACGUGGUUAGUGUUGGAAUCGUAGGACCCAUCGGUCCUGGCCCACUGGGACGGAAUCCACUGAAACUGGACACCCCUUACAACAAUACAUUGCCGCCAAAAGAAUUGACAGUCGAUAUUAGCGGAACUAGUCACAACUCGUCAGAAAUGAUUAUCCAGUGGAAGCAUAGCUGUGCACUGGAGUCGUCCAGUUAUCCAAAGUACAUUAUCACCGUUCGAGAACUUACAAAGAAUAUCACAUCGUCAGUGAAUGUGCCAGCAUCGGCAAACAAAACCCUGGUGCAUGUGUUCCGCAGCAUUCCCCGUGGUGCUGCUUACGAGAUAUCAGUUUCGACCAACGUUUCCAAUGCACAGGUGGUAUCAGCGAUUGCCUAUUCUGCGCCCCUGCCGGCACCCUCGCGGUUGCAGGUUUGGCCGGAAGCAAAUGGCAGCUACGUUGUCUACUGGAAGCAGGUGGUCGACUUCAAAGAUGUUCCGUUUACCUAUCAAGUGGUGCUAUAUGAAGGAAAGGGCAUCAAUACAACAAUUCCACCUUUGGUAACAUUGGAUGGAAAGGAGCCGCCAUUAUUGGUUAACCCGGAUCGCCUUGUUGCGGUACCGCUGGACAGUAUGUUCACCAUUGGCGUAAGGCUGAAAACAGUUGAUGGAUACUAUUCCGACAUAGUCGAAACGGAAUACUUUGCGAAGCACAACUACCAAGGUCUUGUGCAGGAGUCCUCGUUCUCCAGUGCGUGGCUUUGGGUUGUGCCUACCAUAAUAGCGCUGGUGCUAGCACUGACCGUAGUGUACGUGGUACAGAGGCAUCGGCGGUUGCAGAGUUCGUUCAGUCGAUUCGCCAACUCACACUACGAUACCCGGACGGGAGCGACGCGUAUUGGCGACAGUUUGGACGACGACGAACACGAACAUCAAGAGGUGCCACGAAGUUUCUCCGAUGAUGAACCGCUGGUCAUAGCGUAAGUGGGAGGCCAAGACCACUAAUUUCCAGUUUUUUACGCGUAGAAACUGUGUAGGAGAGUAAACGACGAAAAACGCUUGUGCAACUUUCUGCUCAUUUAGUUGAAGACGGAAGGGAAUUUGUAAUAAGUUAGAACGAUAGGAAAACGAAUUAUUACACACGGGUCCGGUUCACUUUAGACGCUGGGCUCGUUUUGUCUGUGAACAUUGCAUAUAACUUUUUUAAAUAUUAACGAAGUUUAAAGUCCUACAAACAAAAGACUAGUAAUUGUGUAUUUAUGUUGAUUUUAUUUUGAUAGGUUUAUUUAGUUCCAUUGUACAUUUUCGAGGUUGUUUACUUUGUAUAGAAAAUUUCUUGUAUCAUAUACAGUAAAUGAAAUAAACAAACUAAGACUAGCAAGCAAUGUGAGAUCGAGAUCAAGAGUGAACGAGUUACAUGGAACAAUCGGAGGAAGAAGUAGUAAGUAGUGGCAUUCAUAUGUGUGUAUAUUUGUCGAUAUAAAACAAACUGGAGAUAUUACCCAGGGUGGCCAUACAACUGAUUUCCUAAGAAUAAAUGAAUUGUUUUAUCAGUAUUUUCCCUAAAUUACUAUAUGGUUCUCCACAACGUCUAGAAUACCCCAAGUUCCUUCAAAGUAAUAUAAUUCCACUGUUAUGGCGAAUCAUCGUGUCACAUUUAUCAUAGCAUUUCAUAUUUCAUUAGUCAUGUUGCCCAUUUUUUGUGACUACAAACAAACACAAAGUUGCGCUUUGUUUGUUGAAUGUUAAAACAUUUCAAUUUGAAGCAAAUGAAGCAAUAAACCAAUUUACUUCGCUCUAUAACCAGGAAUCAAAUGCUAUGCAAAAUUAUGCAUUCCCAAUGCUAGAAAUUACUUGAUAUGUUCACCUACUGUUUGUGCUUGCCAACAAUAACAGUAAAAACAGAUUUUACGAAAUAAUAAAUUCCUACAGUUGUGUUGGUAAUAUUAUCACAUUGCUUGAAAGUCCAUUUCCCAGAAUGCCAUUUCGCGGAACGACCCAUCUUUCGGAACAUUAUGUGGAACGUUAUUCUGUGAAUUGAAAUUCCAAGAAAUAUCACUGUCUCUGGUAGUUUAUUGAUUCGCCUUAUUGAUUAAAUAGGUAUUCGAAAAAUAAAAAAAAAAUCGUAUCAGACGGCCAUGGUACCUAUCACUUGGUACAUUUGCUGCAAUCAGCUUAGCACUUCCAUUUUCCAAAUUUAGUAAAAUUUUAUGCAAAAUGACAAAUAUUUUGAAUUCGAUUUUCUAAACUAUGUGGCCACCCUGUAUAUUAAACACAGAAGAUUCGUAUAAUGACUGUGUAAUUUGAUAAGACGCUAGACGAUUGGAGGAAGAAAAACGACCAUUGAAAUACAGCUUUACUGAGAACAGAUUUGCUGACAGGAGGCUUCUUGACACACACAAACACACAAGUCAGCACUUUCUCCAUUCAGUUAGCGAGUAAGAUUAUACGAUUUUGGAUGAAUUAUAGCUAAUGUCUACAAUAUAGUCCACGGCAUUUGUAUGGAGAUUCUUUGAUCGACAUUCACAUACUCAAACCAAAACAUGUUUCAGGAACAUCAUGUCAUAAGUUUUUGUUCACUGUAUCUCAAGUAGCUUUAACCAGUGAGUAGCAAUGUUUCCGAGGAAAAAGCAAUUCUGUUUGAAGUCUACUAUAAUUCGAACCGCUAGGGUUUCGUAAAAUGUGCUAAAAUGGAAGAAAACAGUAAAGACAAAGAUUAAUGAUAGUUGAUAAUAAUAACGAUUACAAUAAGUUACUAUACAUGAUAAGCAACAUGAAAAGGGUAAUCGCAAGUGUUUAAUCUGUGUUUUUCCUCGUGAUUUCUGUUGAAUAUUUGGUGUGGAUUAAGGUAAUAUGAGUAGAUAAACUUUGAGUGAGGCAUCCAAAUGCAAAGAAAAAUGUUCCAUAUUGAUUUUUUCAUCGCAAAUCUUCCUGCUAUUUGAUCUGGUUGUUUUCCUUAAUUAUUGUGAGUGAUUCCGAAAAGGUGAAAUAAAUAUAAGUAGCGAAAGGAUAUAUAAUAAUUCAAUAAUGAUUGUAAUGUAACAAUUCAUGAUCCAUAAAACUGAUGUGACGUGAUCAUAAAAACAUAAACAUGAGAAACUACA